GCUAUAACGAGAGGCUGGACAAACUUGUGUUGUUUUCUCCAGAGCGGCGCAGGCUGGGGUGAGACUGGAUGGACGUUUAUAAGAUUACGAGAGGAAUAGAUAGAGUGGACAGACGAUAUAUUUUUCCUGGGGGUUGAAAUGUCUAAUACAUUUAAGGUGAGAGGAGAUGUGAGCGGCAAAUUUGCUUCUUUCCACAGACUAAUGAGUAGCUGGAGUCUCUGCCUGGGGGGGGGGGGAUCCACCAAUCCCGACACGUGAUCCCGUUUGCCCCUCCCAUUUAACCGCAGAUGCCGCGCGUCUGUUCCCGGGCCCCGCCUCCCGAUGAUGUAACAAUCUCUCCGCGCAUGUUCACAGUCUCCGGGUGGACGGUGUUAUCCUCUCCGCUCAGAGCUGAAGUUGGUCGGCCGUGUGAUCGGGAAAGAUUUUCGUCUCUUCCGUCGGGAUCACUGUCUGGGGUCCGAAGAUAUCACUUUCCCAUCGUUAGACCUGCAGUGAGAGAUUUAUUGGAAGAAAACCCAGGACUGAAGACGAGGGAACAGCAACAAGUGAACCAGCCCGAGGACUGAGAGCAUCAACUGGAGAGAACCCAUCUGACUCGGAGAUUCCAGUGAUUCAGUCAGGAGAAAGUUUGGUUAAAAACAAGAAGGAAUUUGUCUCCAGGAAGUUAAAACACGGCACACCAGUUUUGUUGUCUCUGUCUAUAUUUAAGGAGCAAGGGAUUCAAUCGACCAUCCUUCCUGCUCAACUGUGGGGAGGGAUUUAUUCGGUCAUUUGACCAACUGGCAACCCGUCAUUUUACACAGGAGAAAGGCUGUUCACCCGUUCAGACAGUGGGAAUGGAUUCAGUCGGUUAUCACAAUUGAAGGUACAUCAGUAAUUUCACACUGGGCAAGGCCAUUCACCUGUUCUGUGUGUGAGAAGGCGUUCAGUCGGUCUUCCCACCUGUGGACACACCAGUCAGUUCACACUGGGCAGAGGCUGGUCAUCUGCUGAACAUCUGGGAAAGGAUUCACUCUGUCAUCUGACCUAAUGGCUCACCAGCGUGUUCACAUUGGGGAGAAGCCAUUCACCUGCCCAGUCUGUGGGAAGGGAUUCACUCAGCCAUCCACCCUACAGAGUCACCAGCGAGUUCACACUGGAGAGAGGCCUUUCACCUGCGCAGAAUGUGGGAAGGGAUUCACUAAGUCAUCCACCUUACUGGUACAUCAGCGAGUUCACACUGGGGAGAAGCCAUUCAGCUGCUCAGUCUGUGGGAAGAGAUUCACUCAGUCAUCCCACCUACAGAGUCAUCAGCGAGUUUACACUGGGGAGGGGCCGUUCACCUGCUCAGAAUGUGGGAAGAGAUUCACUUAUUCAUCCACCCUACAGAGUCAUCAGCGAGUUCACACUGGGGAGAAGCCGUUCACCUGCUCAGUCUGUGGGAAGGGAUUCACUCAGUCAACCCACUUACAGAGACACCAGCGAGUUCACACUGGGGAGAAGCCGUUUACCUGCUCAGAAUGUGGGAAAAGAUUCACUGAUUCAUCCGCACUACAGAAGCAUCAGCGAUUUCACACUGGGGAGAAACCGUUCACCUGCUCAGAAUGUGGGAAGAGAUUCACUGAUUCAUCCACCCUGCGGAAGCAUCAGCGAGUUCACACUGGGGAGAAGCCGUUUACCUGCUUAGAAUGUGGGAAGAGAUUCACUCAGUUAUUCAAUCUACAGAGACAUCAUCGAGUUCACACUGGGGAGAAGCCUUUCACAUGCUCAGUCUGUGGGAAGAGAUUCACUGAUCUAUCCACCCUACUGAGGCAUCAGCGAGUUCACACUGGAGAGAGGCCGUUCACCUGCUCAGAGUGUGGGAAGGGAUUCACUCGGUCAUCCCACCUACUGGCACACCAGCAAGUUCACAUUGGGGAGAAGCCAUUCACCUGCUCAGUCUGUGGGAAGGGAUUCACUCAGUCAUCCAAUCUACAGAGACAUCAUCGAGUUCAUACUGGGGAGAAGCCGUUCAUCUGCACAGUCUGUGGGAAGCGAUUCACUGAUACAUCCACCCUACUGAGUCGUCAGCGAGUUCACACUGGGGAGAAGCCGUUCAUCUGCUCAGAAUGUGGGAAGAGAUUCACUGAUUCAUCCACCCUACGGAAUCAUCAGCGAGUUCACACUGGGGAGAAGCCAUUCACCUGCUCAGUCUGUGGGAAGGGAUUCACUCAGUCAUCCCACCUACAGAGACACCAGCGAGUUCACACUGGGGAGAAGCCGUUCACCUGCUCAGAAUGUGGGAAGAGAUUCACUGAUUCAUCCGCCCUACUUUGUCAUCAGCGAGUUCACACUGGGGAGAAGCCGUUCACCUGCUCAGAAUGUGGGAAGAGAUUCACUGAUACAUCCACCCUACGGAAGCAUCAGCGAAUUCACACUGGGGAGAAGCCGUUUAACUGUUCAGAAUGUGGGAAGAGAUUCACUCAGUUAUCCAAUCUACAGAGACAUCAUCGAGUUCACACUGGGGAGAAGCCGUUCACGUGCUCAGUCUGUGGGAAGAGAUUCACUGAUCUAUCCACCCUACUGAGUUAUCAGCGAGUUCACACUGGAGAGAGGCCGUUCACCUGCUCAGAGUGUGGGAAGGGAUUCACUCAGUCAUCCCAACUACUGGAACACGUCAAUUCAUAUUGGGGAGUGGCCGUUGUUAUGUGUGGGGAAGGAUUCACUCAGUCAUCUGGCCUAAUGGCUCACCAGGGAGUUCACACCGGGCAGCGGCUGUUCGCCUGCUCAGACUGUGGGAAGGGAUUCACUUGCUCAUCUAAACUGAAGGUACAUCAGCGUGUUCACACUGGUGAGAGGCCGUUCACCUGCUCAGACUGUGGGAAGGGAUUCACUUGCUCAUCCACACUAAAGGCACACCAGCGAGUACACACAGGGGUGUGGCCAUUCACCUGCUCUGAAUGUGGGAAGGGAUUCAGUCAGUCAUCUGAUCUACAAAAACACCAGCGAGUUCACACUGGGGAGAGGCCGUUCAUCUGCUUGGACUGUGGGAAGGGAUUCAGUCAUUCAUCCACCCUACACAGUCACCAACGAGUUCACACUGGGGAGAGGCCAUUCACCUGCUCAGAAUGUGGGAAAGGAUUCAGUCAUUCAUCCACCUUACAGAGACAUCAGCGAGUUCACACUGGGGAGAAGCCAUUCACCUGCUCAGAAUGUGGGAGGGGAUUCACUCAGUCAUCUGAUCUACAUAACCACAAGCGAGUUCACACUGGGGAGCGGCCAUUCACCUGCUCAGUCUGUGUGAAGGGAUUCACACAGUCGUCCAAACUAUUGGCACACCAGUCAGUUCACACUGGGGAGCGGCCGUUCACCUGCUCAGACUGUGGGAAAGGAUUCACGCUGUCAUCUAAUCUACUGAGACACCAGCGAGUUCACACUGGGUAGAGGCCGAUCACCUGCUCAGUCUUUGGCAAGAGAUUCUUUCGGCCAUCUCCACCAAAUGUGCAUGAUUGUCAAGUCAAACUUGAGUUUCAGGAAGGUAUCAAGGAAGAGCAAGAAUUCACUCGCAGAGAGGACGGAACCUUCUGCCUGAGGGCGGUUUCUGCCCAGAACAUUUGGGCGGACCCCGCAGCGUCACAGUGGCAGUCCGAGAGCAGCGUCACAUCCCGCGGUAAGAUGCCGAACUUUAAAUAAUUGUUGAGACUGUUUCAGGGAAAGGAGCACUGCUGUCACUUCGUUUGGGUGAACUCCGCCAUCGGGAUCAUCGCACACAGGCACUUCCUGAAAACGGCGCAAGGCUUAAGAAGAGCUCGAGGACCUUCAAGAGGGUUCACCCAGUUUGGAAUCAUAACGAUCCAGUAGAGAAACGGAGGUGCAGGUCCGAAAUCGUCUCCGAAGUUCGACAGGCAGCCAGUUUUUCACCUGAUCCUAAUGCUAAUGCUACUGCCACUGCCUUAUGACUUAUGACUAUCCUUGACUAGACUAAUGACUGACUUACCGCUGGUUAUUUAUGACUACUGACUAAUAAUUAUUAACUGCCACGC